AUGCCCGCAGAGUCGCGAUCAUGGGUCGAGGCUGUAGACGUUGAUCGACUUCGUGACGAACCCGAGAAACUACGCCGAGUGGUGGAGGACCUGAAGCGUGAACUCUUGCAGAGCUACAAUGAACUUGACGCAGUACGCAAGGCGCAACGUGUUGCAAAGUCAACAGACCCUCCGCCUACCUCAGACUCAGCGUCACGUUGGCCGGGUCGUUCAUGGGUCCCAGCCGAGACGAGUUACCCAAGCGAUGAUGUUGGCAGAAUGUCAUGCCUUCAUGAGACACACGUCGAAGUACUUGUGUACGAUUGUAAGGCCAAGAGGGUGGAAGUACUUACGGGCUUGAGAGAACUCUACAGCAAGAAAGCGCUCUUCGCAAAACUCCCUUCCAGACUUGCUGGAGAAUUGAGAGUGUGCAUCGAGCAGAUUCCUCCGACAGCAGCGAGGAGCACACCGAGAUAUCGAAUUACGGAGAAGCAGGUCCCCAAAGACAUGGCCAUCCGUCAUUCAGUUAGUCUGAGCGAUGUCUCAUCAUUGACUAGGUGCAAGAUUCUGCUGGGUCGUAUCAAAUGGAUCUUCAUUCUGAACGCUGGAGCGCUCUCAGACUCAACUGAUGAGAGCUGGGGUAAGGGUAAAACCAUGGUGUGA